AUGAAACUCGACAACGAUGCUAGAUUACGGCAUAACUUCCCGCAGUACACAGCAAUGUUGAAAGAGCUGAGGCGUUCAGAAGAAAGCCUUGAAGAUGGCUCUAAAAUCGCCUUCCUACUUCAGGUUGGUAAACAUGCAGAUUCAGUAAUCUGCAAGAUGUUUCGGUAUAAGAGACACCGAGACAACUAAACUUAUCUGAAUUUUCAAGUCCUUCGUAGUGAAAACAAAUCACUUUUAGCCUGGCUAGUAAAUGUUGAAUUGGAGACUUAUGAAGUCGGUUUGGAUCAUAAUUUCACUCCACUAAGAGCAUGUUGGGUAAGGCGGCCAGUUACCAGUAACGAUCAAUGGAGCGAAUUCGUAAACGGUCUUUGCCAUUUUUAAGACACUCAAGGCCUUAAUUUUACACAAAUUGGCACGGUUUGCCGCUUUGAGAAAGCGAACUCUGUUAAACGUAGCAAAAAUCAUCAAAAUUUAUAAGAUUACAAGAGAACAGCGCCGAAGAGGCCACUUUACAAAACAACCCAGCCUGGCAGAUGGGGCCAUUCCGGAUCAUGUAAUCAGGCUCUAAGAAAAUUUUUUUCCUGUUUUUCAUAACUGUCUUUCUAACUUACACAUCGGGUCAUGUAGAAGCUGCUCAGAAGAACACUUCUCUACACAUCCUGUUGGCUCUAGCUUUUUCUCUAACAUUUUACGUAACUCUGCUUUAAGAUUUCUUUUUUCGUAGACAUUUGCCUCAUAUUAACCUAAUCCAGAGAAUUUUUAACCAUGACGAAAUAGGCAUCAAUUGUCAUGUGCAAACUGAAAGAUCUUUGACUAAAUCUGUUCCUUUUUUUCAGGAACCUGAUUUACGCUAUCUUGUGGAAAACAUUUGGAAUAGCCAGAGCGUGCUCAGCGCUCACGAAGACCUGUUUGACCUGAUUCUUGUACGGUGGAAUAAGUACGAAGAGUGGUCUCCGUGGAACUGUAUUUUACUCACAAAGGAGGAGGCAUCUGCUCACGCCAAACUGGAAAACGUUACUGAGGUACGGCUCCUUUUCUUUGUUUGUCUUUGUUGUUUUAAAGCGAUCGUCAAUAGAUGGGUGUGGGGAAGAUGCUUGAGUAAACUGAGGAAGCCGCAAGCGAGCGUGAAGGUAACCAAGACAACCCUGUGAGCGGCACCCACCAGGCACCGAAACACUGAGAACCUCAGUGAAAAUUUUUUACCAACACCCAUCCAGAGGGAGGGGAGGGCUGGGAGCAAAAAGGCUUUGACACAAGCACAAGCAAAGACAACGCAUGCAAAAUGACUUGACCACCAAAGGAGCGCUGUAAAAAUGCUGGGACCCUGAAAAAGCCUUCAGGCCGCCCCACAGACGAUUAGAACGGGGACCGCUGGCCAGCAUUGUCUUGUGUUUAACCUCACUUAAAUUAUUUUUAGCCACAUUUCAUGCUUUAGAGCGUCCUUUAGUCGGAUAUGGAAGGGGAGAUCGGGCCAAAUCGGAUGCAGCAAAUACAGUAAAAACACGCGACUAAGAACUUGCAUUUUCCCUCGUUAGUCUAAACAGUUUCUUACAUAAAUGUUAAUUAGCAUAAAUUUAGGCUGUUAAGGUUCGAUCAUCCACGAACGAUCUUGCACCUUCUUUUGAAGUACAAUAAAAGCCCGCGACUUAAAGAACCUGUUUUUUAAAAACCGGUUAGGCUAAAAUUUGCCAGUUAGGCCCCCUCUAUACAGAACCUGUGAAGCCCAAAAUUUGAAAGAAGUUCUUAGUUUCUAUUAAAAAUCUAUUAUAAUAAUAAAAAAUCAGUCUACUUGGGCAAAUAAGAUAAGUUAACAUUUAGUAUCCUCUUUGGAGACAGUGGUGUUUUUUGAUUACUCCAACUGUAAUUGUAACGGUAUCCAGGUUUUACCAAAGGAAUAAGCUGAGUACCACUAAUUAUACUCUUAGCUAUAAUGUAUUUUUUUCCUUCAGAAAAUAAGAAUCUAUUAAGAUCCUUGCAAAUGAGGAUUAUUCACCGAUGUUUGCUUUCUCGUUUGGUGCUUCUUCCGGUACGAUAUUGAUGCCACAAUUAAUAUUUAGUCCCUGCAUUUUGAGAUAACUACCCCACUACUUCACAAAGUCGUGGAAUACAGAACAAAUAUUGCAAGCAAUGGUUUUACCCAUACGAGCAAGCUCUUUUGGGGUGGGAGUAAAGGAAACGCCCUGUAUUUCCAACGCCACCCCCAUCCCCCAAGUUGGAGGUGAUUCCCUUCACUUCCUUCGAUUAUCCUCACUCUAACUUUGUAUUUCUUUCCAUCAGGCAUACGGGUGGAUGUUUAUCGGGAAGAUUCUACAUAAGCACGUACUGGCUCGUAACUACUUUUCACGCCUACCCGGCAUGGCGGAACACAUGAAGAAGAAAAUUUCUGGACAAACUCGAGGAUUAGCUGCUAAUAACGGGGCGAGAACAGCAGCACUUAAGGCGUAA